AGCAUUCAGAGUCGAGUCAAAAGUCCGAAAGUUUUCCAACACCGGAGUCUUACCACUUAGAAAAUCCUCGAAUAUAUCAUACCCUCCCCAAUACGAGCGGUUUCUGUUCGUGCCCCUCACCCGCCCGCUUGUCGAGUCGUCAGCCCUGGGCCCUCCAGAGUCGUGACCACGGUGUCCCUGUCCGUCAAUCACCACAACCCAGUCGGCGAGAACGCAACGCUGAUUCCACAGUACCGGUAUUACGACAUAAGCCUGCCCUACAAUAAUUCAUUACCAAGAAGGAAACAAAAUUCGUCAUUCAAAUGAGGAGUUUUAUGAGGUGUUUGUGGAUAGCGGUUUCGCUAGCGUUAUUCUUUUUCGCGCUCGUCUCGGCGAAGGAGGAGAGGAAUGUUUUGGAACUUACGAGUCGGGAGGUUGAGGGGUUGUUGCAGGAAUGCCCACUUGUGCAGAAAUUGAAUCACGAGCGCCUCGCGAACAGUCCCGAGACUUCGAGUCUCAUGAAGAGGGUCUUCGCGAUAUUGUUUCCUGCGGGGCCCGCCGUGAACAGUUUGUUGGCUACGGCGUAUAUUUCUGGACCUCCCAAUUUUCUGCUGGCACUCGUUCCUACAAACAUUGAUCCCUCCAGUCUCUCCACCUUCAUGGGAGAACCGCACGGGGAUGGAGUGCACUUUGUCAUGCUCGAUCCGAAGCGGAACUCACUGCUGGGAUUGUUCAUUUUCGUUGGGUUCGUCACGUUCGUUGCCAUGGAUAAGACCAUGCGCAUCCUGGGCGACGGGGACGGGCACUCUCACUCGCACUCUCACACCCACUCUCACUCUGAAGAUACAAGCGUCAGCUCCGGCGCCAACGUGGGGGACAAAUCCGGCGACGUAAAGAACCGCAAGGGCAACAAGUCCCCCACCCCUACCGACGAGGUGAAGGAUGGCAGAGCGAAGAAACCCGAGCCAAGCAACUCCAUUAAGCUCUCCUCAUACCUCAACCUCAUCGCUGACUUCUCCCACAACAUCACCGACGGCCUUGCUAUGUCCGCUGCCUUCUACGCUGGUCCCAUGGUCGGCGCGACCACUACCGUCGCCGUCUUCUUCCACGAGAUCCCGCAUGAGGUCGGUGACUUCGCCCUCCUUGUCCAAUCCGGCUUUACAAAGUGGCAGGCCAUGGGCGCACAGUUCUUCACUGCUGUCGGCGCCUUCUUGGGGACGUUCAUUGGCAUCGCUAUUCAGACAUAUUCUGCCUCUGGCACUGCGGACGAGGCUGUCGGUGGUGAGGGGUCCGACGUGGGGAUUUGGGGCACUGGGUUGACGGCUGGUGAUCUGGUGUUACCGUUCACGGCUGGUACCUUCUUAUAUGUGGGUUUCAGCGUGAUUCCCGAGCUGCUGGAGACUGGGAAGAACAAGGGAGAGGAGGUUAGAAAGUCGAUUACUCAGGCUAUCGCGAUGGCUUUGGGUUUUGGGAUUAUGUUUGCCAUCUCUUGGGCUGAAGGGUAA